AGAGGCCUACGCUCAAGACUGGCAGGUCCAAACCCCCUCUCUCUCUAUCUCCCUCUCUUCUGCGCGCAAUUUUGUGUCUUUCUGUAUCCCUGCACAAAAUCGAAACGCGCCAUAAAGGGGGAACAGGAGAAGGAACAGCUGGGAAGCCAAACGGAAGGAAAAAGGAAAGAAACUAAAUCCGGAUGAGGCGACGUUUAGACCGUCGGAAACAUGUGACCCAUGAUUAAGAAAUCGCAAAAUUUCAUGUGUCUCAUGGCUCCAUCAGGAUUUGGGGACUACCCACAUCGAGGAAAGGGCUAUACCGGUUGUAUAUCCAAGCCCUAGGGCUUACCUUGUAGUUUUUGAAUAAAACUAUGUGUUAUUUUCAGAGGUUUGAUGGAGGAUAAGUGGAUGGGAGCCGAUGGUGUGAUCGGAUCUAAGUGCAUGUGAAGUUUUUUUUUUUUUUCUUAUUCCCCCCUGGAGAAAGAGAAGGUCGGCGUUUGUGGGCGUUCGUGCUUUUUGAUCGGCGAAAUGGGAAUUCCUGAGGCGGAAAUGAUGGACUGUAGCGUGGGCACCAUAGUUUGGGUGAGAAGAAGAAACGGGUCGUGGUGGCCGGGAAGAAUUCUGGGGCAGGACGAGCUUUCGGAGACGCAUUUGAUGUCUCCCCGGUCAGGGACACCGGUUAAGCUUCUCGGAAGAGAAGACGCGAGCGUAGAUUGGUACAAUCUUGAGAAGUCCAAGCGUGUCAAGGCAUUUCGAUGCGGUGAGUUUGAUGAUUGCAUUCGAAAAGCUGAAGCUGCCCUGGGCAUGCCACCAAGGAAAAGAGAGAAAUAUGCACGUCGAGAAGAUGCCAUUCUUCAUGCUCUGGAGCUUGAAAAGCAGCAACUUGAACAGAAGCAACAAUCUGCAUCUAUGGGCAGUAGAAAGCUUCCAUUUUCAAAGAAGGAUUUGGAUAAUACUUUUCCUUCAAAUAAUAAUUACAGGGAAGAUGAACCUAGAGGUAUUUCUAGAUAUAUCCCUAUAAAGUCACAGCUACUUUCCAGGAAGGUGGAUUCUUCUCUUAAUGGUGAAUAUGUGUCUAGUCCUAUAAGAAGGAUUAAUCACAGCCAAAUACACUGGGAAGAUGAAAAUGCUGAAACCAUGCCUCGAAUGAGAGGUCUGCAGGACUUUGGACUUAAAACUGCAUCAUCAAAGAGAAAAGGUUCCUUUUCAACUGGUAACAAGAGAACUUAUUCAUCUGAAAGUCUUAUGCAUGCUAUCUCUCUCCCUGGACGUGGCACUGGAACUGCACAACAGAUAAAUGGAAGGAGAAGUUCUUUUCUUGUAAAGAGAAAGCGGUCACAUGGUGCCUCAAUUGAAGAAUCUCUUGUUAGAAGGCGUGAUAGGCGCCGUACUAUUGUCCAGGUAUUGCAAAGUAGUGCGAAACUACCAGUGGGUGAAGCAUCACAAUCUGAGUUUGCGGGUUUGCCUAUUUCAGUGCAAGAAGAAACAGCGCACAGGGGUCUUUUGGCCUCCUCAGGAGGGGAUAAAGCCACAUCAUAUGAUAGUAUUGGAGGUCAUUCUCCGGAUCAACUGCAGACAUCUCAUUCUCCACAUGGGGCAGAUAGCUCCUUUCUCUAUCCCAGUUCAUCAGUCGAGGAUAGGUUGAUGGAUGACAGAGAAUCUGAUUCUUGCGUUGGGGGUUCCUUUGACAAUGACAUCGAGGAGGAGGCUGCGACAGUUUCAGAUGCCUCUCAGAUACUUGCUGCACAAGGUUCAAAAAAUGGAGGAAGAUAUCUUAGAUAUGGUUCCUCCGUUUUCCAAGGGCAACCUGCAAAGAUGGGCAAUAAACAUUUUGAUGAUUCAGGAUAUUCACAUUAUGCAUCUCAGUCUCGCCAUUUCAAGAAGAAUUUGAUCACUGGUACCAAUGGUGUUUCAAAGUGGCGAAUGAAAGGAAAGCGCAACAUGAGAAAUCUAAGCAAGAGGCACAUGGAUAUACCCAAUGGGUACGCCGACGAAGAUGCCUAUGAAGCAGAGGAGAGUUUAAUGACUGUGAAUUCAGGGCGGUGGUCUUCCCAUGAGGCUUUGGGUGGAUACUGGGAAGAACCUGAUGAUUGCUUUCAUCCAAGGUUUUAUUCAUCUGAACUGGACCCAGUGUAUGAUAGCCAAUACGGUGAAGAUGGGAUGUUUGAAUCCAUGCUGGUCAAUGUUGACCUGAAGGUCCAAGCAAGCUACCAAGGCGAGCAUGUUCCACUAGUUUCUUUGAUGAGCAGAUUGAAUGGAAAGGCAAUAAUUGGACAUCCUGUGCAAGUGGAAAUCAUGGAGGAUGGUUCUUCUGAGCUGCUGCUUGCUGACUCCAGCUUGCAUGUUGAUAUCGGUGAGAGAAACAAAAGUGCAGUUCCGCCUGUCUGGAGAACAGCAAGAAGAACAGCAAUGCAACGAGUACCUCGAUCUCACCCUGCUGCACACGAGAAUGAGGAAAGUUUGGUGCAAUGUUCACCUGUUGAGCCUAAACCACCGCAGAAGAAGGUAAACACUGCAAAUCUUGGUCAUAGGAGUGGGUCAAGGAAGAACAUGAAUAAUGCUCAUCGUGUUGCAAUUGGUAAGUUAUCAAGAAAGGUCUUGAAGAAAGCAUGCUUGUCCAAUCAGAAGACCAGGGCGCUUUCAUCAUUUUCUGCUGAAAAGAAAAACAGCAAUAACAUUCUGCAGAGACCAACACCUCUAGUAACAAGCAUUCCUGUGGAAGCAGUUUUCAGUAGGUUGAGAGAGUUCUUUGCUGGUACACCUGCUGCUCAUUUAGCUGAAAAGAAAGAUGCUGACUAGGAAAUUGACAGAUAGAAGGGUAUAAUAGGCUUGGGAAUCAUAUAUUUUGUUGAGUUGGACCUGGUUCUAUUUCUUGUAACAUAUGGACCAUAUCCCCUUGAUAACGCUGACAAAGCUCUAAUUUUCAUGGAAUCUUCCUCGCUUUGGGGGUGAAAAUGGUCCAUCUCGCACCUUUGGUGAUUAUAAUCAGGAGACCAUCUUAGAAGGAGAUUCUUCCAUGUCCAACAAUAUUUGAUUCAUCUUGUAAUUUAAGGUUUGUCUUAGAAAAAGUGUACUUGAAAAUGCCAUUUGCACAAUUUUACAGGGCAUAGCUGAAUGUUCACUACUUUUUACUACCAAGCCUUUCUGUAUAAUACAAGAUGAACAUUGUUCCAAUGAACAAAGUUUUUACAUGGAUUAAUGGACUA